GAAAAUAAUUCCGGUGUUGAAUGACUCGGGGAAAAUUCUUUUGUCGUUUUGAAAAAUCAUCAAAAUGGAUAGAUUGUUACGUUUAAGUGGUGGAAUGCCAGGUUUAGGCCAGGGUGCCCCACCAACAGACGCACCAACAGUUGACACAGCAGAACAAGUCUACAUUUCAUCACUCGCUCUGUUAAAGAUGCUUAAACAUGGCCGAGCCGGUGUGCCUAUGGAAGUGAUGGGACUGAUGUUGGGUGAAUUUGUUGAUGAUUAUACUGUCCGAGUAAUUGACGUGUUUGCUAUGCCUCAGUCAGGAACAGGAGUAAGUGUCGAAGCUGUGGAUCCAGUUUUUCAAGCAAAGAUGUUGGAUAUGUUAAAGCAGACCGGCAGACCAGAAAUGGUGGUGGGUUGGUACCAUUCUCACCCUGGCUUUGGUUGUUGGCUCUCAGGGGUGGAUAUCAACACACAGCAAAGUUUUGAGGCGUUGUCAGAGAGAGCUGUUGCAGUUGUCGUUGACCCGAUCCAGAGUGUCAAAGGAAAGGUUGUCAUUGAUGCUUUCCGCCUCAUUAACCCGAAUAUGAUGGUACUUGGUCAGGAACCGAGACAAACAACGUCAAACCUUGGGCAUCUGCAAAAACCGUCAAUACAGGCACUGAUCCAUGGAUUAAACAGGCAUUAUUAUUCCAUUGCUAUUAAUUACAGAAAGAAUGAACUGGAACAAAAGAUGCUCCUGAAUCUCCAUAAGAAGAGCUGGGUGGAUGGGCUGACUUUGGAUGAUUAUAAUACACAUUGCACUAACAAUGAAAAUACAGUGAAAGAAAUGCUGGAACUUGCUAAGAACUACCACAAGGCAUUAGAAGAGGAGGAAACCAUGACCAAGGAACAGUUAGCUAUAAAAAAUGUUGGGAAAAUGGACCCAAAACGUCAUCUUGAGGAACAUGUGGAUGUACUAAUGACCACAAACAUUGUUCAAUGCCUGGGUGCAAUGCUGCACACUGUUGUUUUCAAGUGAUUCAUUAUGAGCCAUAUAGAUGUACAGUACAAUAUGAACUUUUGAUUCACUGAUUGAAAAUGGGAAAUGUGAGACUUACAAUUAAUGGUACAUUUUGAUUGUGCUGUAUGUUAUUUCUUGUAACAUCAUAACAUUUUUUCUUGUUGUGAUAUGUACAUUUAAUUUUAUAUUUUCUGAAGUCAUCACAGUUUGGUUGUGUUAUGGCUUUUGUAAUGUAAAAUAAAAAAAUUUAGAUGUU